AUUUCUCGUACUCGCAAAUACAAGCAUAAUAAGAUGUCUGCAUUUACCACUCCCAUUCCUCCCUCUACCAUCGCCGCUCUUCGCCUUAAAAUCGCAGAGGCGCGGCACCUUCUGCGCGGCCGCCGCACUGCAACCGGAGAUGUUGCCAAGACCAUCGCCCGAGCGGCGUCCAAGCUCCUCGAGAAGAUCAUCAAGGUGACCGAGGUAGCUGAUUCGGUUACCUGUGGUGUAGCAGUGUACGUUUACAUGCGCUCUGUGUGGGGAAAGCCCGUGGGUAACUUGGGGCUGCUUACCAGCGAUACAUUCAAGAGAGAGCUCCAGAGUUCUCACCUCGUCACCCAUGCAAUGAUUGCAUCACCGCGCGGGCUGGAGGCGCUGCAUGUGCUCCUUCAGGUACAGGCAAAAAUUGUCAGUGCCUCCGCCGGCCGCCGCAGGCUGGCUUACUACCAUGCAUGCCAGAUGGCCCAGAAGCAGUCGGCCGCUGCUAUCGUCGUGCGCACCACCAUUUCCACUCUCCGCGCUUCGCACACCAACAUCUCUACCGCCUCCAUGGUGCACGGGGUCACUUUUGCUGCAGUAAACAUGCGCGGUUCUACCACCACUGCCGCUGCCAUAGCUGCUGAUACCCGCGAGGUCACCACCGCUGCAACCGACGUGCACGGUUCUUCCACCGCCGCCGCUGCCAUAGCUGCUGAUGUGCGCGAGGUCACCACCGCUGCAACCGACGCGCGCAGUUCUACCACCGCUGCCACUGCCAUAGCUAUUGAUGUGCGCGAGGCUACCACUGCUGCAACCGACGUGUGCGGUUCUUCCACCGCUGCCACUGCCACAGCUGCUGAUGUGCGCGAGGCUACCACUGCUGCAACCGACGUGAGCGGUUCUACCACCGCUGCCACUGCCAUAGCUAUUGAUGUGCGCGAGGCUACCACUGCUGCAACCGACGUGUGCGGUUCUUCCACCACUGCCGCUGCCAUAGCUGCUGAUGUGCGCGAGGUCACCACCGCUGCAACCGACGCGCGCAGUUCUACCACCGCUGCCACUGCCAUAGCUAUUGAUGUGCGCGAGGCUACCACUGCUGCAACCGACGUGUGCGGUUCUUCCACCGCUGCCACUGCCACAGCUGCUGAUGUGCGCGAGGUCACCACCGCUGCAACCGACGCGCGCAGUUCUACCACCGCUGCCACUGCCAUAGCUAUUGAUGUGCGCGAGGCUACCACUGCUGCAACCGACGUGUGCGGUUCUUCCACCACUGCCGCUGCCAUAGCUGCUGAUGUGCGCGAGGUCACCACCGCUGCAACCGACGCGCGCAGUUCUACCACCGCUGCCACUGCCAUAGCUAUUGAUGUGCGCGAGGCUACCACUGCUGCAACCGACGUGUGCGGUUCUUCCACCGCUGCCACUGCCACAGCUGCUGAUGUGCGCGAGGCUACCACUGCUGCAACCGACGUGAGCGGUUCUACCACCGCUGCCACUGCCAUAGCUGCUGAUGUGCGCGAGGCUACCACCGCUGCCGCUGCCAUAGCUGCUGAUGUGCGCGAGGCUACCACUGCUGCAACCGACGUGUGCGGUUCUACCACCGCUGCCACUGCCACAGCUGCUGAUGUGCGCGAGGUCACCACCGCUGCAACCGACGCGCGCGGUUCUUCCACCGCUGCCACUGCCAUAGCUGCUGAUGUGCACGGUUCUUCCACCGCUGCCGCUGCCAUAGCUGCUGAUGUGCGCGAGGCUACCACCGCUGCAACCGACGCGCGCGGUUCUUCCACCACUGCCGCUGCCACAGCUAUUGAUGUGCGCGAGGCUACCACCGCUGCAACCGACGUGAGCGGUUCUACCACCACUGCCGCUGCCACAGCUGCUGAUGUGCGCGAGGCUACCACCGCUGCAACCGACGUGUGCGGUUCUUCCACCACUGCCGCUGCCAUAGCUGCUGAUGUGCGCGAGGUCACCACCGCUGCAACCGACGCGCGCAGUUCUACCACCGCUGCCACUGCCAUAGCUAUUGAUGUGCGCGAGGUCACCACCGCUGCAACCGACGUGCACGGUUCUUCCACCACCGCCGCUGCCAUAGCUAUUGAUGUGCGCGAGGUCACCACCGCUGCAACCGACGCGCGCGGUUCUUCCACCACUGCCGCUGCCACAGCUGCUGAUGUGCGCGAGGCUACCACUGCUGCAACCGACGUGUGCGGUUCUACCACCGCUGCCACUGCCACAGCUGCUGAUACCCGCGAGGCUACCACCGCUGCAACCGACGUGAGCGGUUCUACCACCACUGCCGCUGCCAUAGCUGCUGAUGUGCGCGAGGUCACCACCGCUGCAACCGACGCGCGCGGUUCUUCCACCACUGCCGCUGCCAUAGCUGCUGAUGUGCGCGAGGUCACCACCGCUGCAACCGACGUGUGCGGUUCUUCCACCACUGCCGCUGCCAUAGCUGCUGAUGUGCGCGAGGUCACCACCGCUGCAACCGACGCGCGCAGUUCUACCACCGCUGCCACUGCCAUAGCUAUUGAUGUGCGCGAGGUCACCACCGCUGCAACCGACGUGCACGGUUCUUCCACCGCCGCCGCUGCCAUAGCUGCUGAUACCCGCGAGGCUACAACCGCUGCAACGGACGCGCGCGAUACUACCACUGCUCCCUCUGCUUCCACUGGCACUGGCACUGGUGCACAUGGUGUCUCCAUCGCUGGCACUGGCGCUGGCACGGAUGUGCGCUGUGGCACCACUUCUGUAACUGAUGCACAUGGGACUAUCACCACUCCCCCGACACGCUCAGCAAUACCACUGCCUGCUGCUAUCUUGAUGCUAUCUCCACCAUGCUCAGCACAGCAACUGGUCGAAGCUGGGGCACUGAUGCCUCCAUCACCCUCAGAGCUGCAGCCAGUCGCAGCAAUAAGGCAGGUCCCUAUUCCACGCUCAUCGUGGGUGCGACUCUCACUAAAGAAGCUGCUGCCCCCACCACGCUCAGCACUACCACUUGGUCCAGGCCCAUCUUUGGGGGCUCCACUGCAGUCAGCACCACCAGCAGCUUCUGCAAUGUCACUGUGGCUCAUGCCGCACUUGAAACCAGAGCCGCCGCCCAUGCUGCGCUCUGCAGAGCACCUGUUUCCCCGACCGCCAUCGGAAUUCUUGCCAUUGACCCCGCCGUAUUCAGCAGCAACAUCGCCGCAGCCCCUACCCUACCUAUCGGCACUGCCAUGUAGCGAUACUGCUGUCACACUCGAUGCUCUUGCUGCCUCGCUCAGUACCGCUGCUGCCUCGCUCAGUACCGCUGCUGCUGCACUCAGUGCUGCUGCUGCUGCACUCAGCAAGUCCUGCCCAACCCAAACGUGCACGGGCCAAGGCUCUUCCUGGGAACCUUUUUGCUAUCGGCCCCAGAAACUCUAGACUCCAUGCCCGUAUGGUGCUAUUCAGUCUACUCACGUUCCAUGAGAUUUUUGGAGAUGUUGUUUGUGUGCGAUGAGAUAUGCGCAGAUGGUAUGCACCUGAAACAUGCCAAGGCUAUCUCGCGAUCAUAGCACAGAAACAGCCCGUAUAAGCAUGAGCGAAAGCAUGUGAACCUGGUGUUCUCGACAGUAUCUGCCACCGCCUGGGAUUCUAUGGCCCUCUGAUGCCUGAGGAGCACGCUCGCAUACCUUGGUUUUCAGUUGAAUGUUUU